AUGGAGCGCGAUCCUACCCACUUGGGUACGGAGUUCAUCGAGUUGGCCUUGGAGAUUCUGGACCGCAGGGCGCCAAAGCUCCAGCGAUUGCUGAAUCGCCUCCAACUUGGCGUCGUUGGCGGCGCGGCUCUCGUUGACCGACUGGAUCAGCGCCGCGAGCUGCUCCUCCAUCGCCGCCGUCUUGAGCGCCUGCUUCGUGCUGUAGCGCGGGCGAGGCUGGUUCCUCGUAUCCAAAUCCAAUUGCCGGUCCUCGGUGGUUACAGCGGCAAUGGUGGCACCGGCUACAAAGACCGUGACGACGGAGGCGGCGGCUAUGUCGGCAAUGGCGGCGGUGGGUGCCAGGACCGCGGCAUUGGCUUCAAAGGUUUCGGCGGACAUGAAAAUGAAACGAAAACUGACAUGGCAGUCCGUCAGUGCGCGCUCGUGGACAUGUUUGCCAAGUGUGGGUGUUUGGGCGAGGCGAGGAGUGUGUUCGAGAGCAUGGAGCAAAGGGAUGUGGCCGCGUGGACUGCGAUGAUCGGAGGAGCUGUGCAUGCAGGAGAUUGGCUCGAUGCGAUGUGUUUGUUCAGUAGGAUGAGAUCCGAAGGGUUCUGGGCUGAUUCCGUGAUCAUUGCCACUGUCAUCCCAGCGUGUGGCAGGGUGAAAGAGUUGCGAGCUGGAACAGCGUUGCAUGGAUGCGCGGUAAGAUGUGGAGUUGCUGAUGAUAACUGUGUUUCAAAUGCUCUGGUUGAUAUGUACUGCAAGUGUGGCUGUCUGGAGAUGGCUGAUUAUUUGUUCCGUUCUAUCGAUUUCAAGGAUGUCGUCUCUUGGAGUACAUUGAUUGCGGGGUAUUCGCAGAACGGGAUGUAUCAUGCGAGUGUCAGUUUGUUUACUGAAAUGGUUGCUUCAGGGUUAAAACCAAAUUCCAAUACCAUGGCAAGUAUACUUCCGAGUCUUUCUGGCCUGAAGUUAGUCAGGCAUGGAAAAGAGGUUCAUGGCUUCUCGUUAAGACAUGGACUUGACCAGAGCAAGUUUCUGGGGAGCGCAUUUAUUGACUUCUACAGUAGACAAGGAUUCAUUGGGGAGGCAGGAACCGUAUUUGAGCUCAUUCCAAAGAAAGAUUUGGUCAUAUGGAAUUCAGUGGUUGCAGCGUACGGUGUGAAUGGGGAUACAGAUUCUGCACUGUGUGCAUUCAGGGCGAUGCAGAAAGUAGGAUUUAAACCUGAUCAUGUGACUGUUAUUUCAGUUCUUCCAGUAUGCAAUCACCAUUCCAGGCUCAUACAGGGUAAGGAACUACAUGCUUAUGUCGUUAGGCAUGAUAUGAGUUCUAUCUGCUCAGUUAGUAACGCGCUUAUAGAUAUGUAUUGCAAAUGCUGUUGCCUAGAAAUGGGCAAAGAUAUUUUUCAGCUGAUGACAGAGCGAGAUACUGCCACAUAUAACACAUUGAUUUCUUCUUUGGGAAAGCAUGGCCAUGAAGAUCAAGCCAUAAUGUUAUUUGAUCAAUUGAAGAGAGAUGGAAUUGCUCCUGACAAAGUCACUUUUGUGGCUCUACUAUCUUGUUGCAGUCAUGCAGGCCUUACUGAGCAGGGCUUGCACUUUUACGAUUCCAUGUUACAAGACUACAACAUUUCCCCAGAUAAGGAGCAUUACUCAUGUGUUGUUGAUCUUUACAGCAGAUCUGGGAAACUUGACGAUGCUUGGAAGUUCAUUUCAAGUUUGAGGGAAGGGACAGAAAUAGAUGUUCUUGGAUGCCUCUUGGCGGCUUGCAGAGUGCAUAACAGAAUGGAUAUUGCUGAGCUAGUUGCAAAAAGAAUAUUUGAAAAGAACCCCAGUGAUCCUGGCUAUCAUAUUUUGCUGUCCAAUAUAUAUGCUGAUGCUGGAAUGUGGUCUGAUGUGACGAAGAUCAGAACCAUAAUAGAAGAGAGGAGUUUGAAGAAUAAAACAGGAAACAGUUUGAUUUAA